ACACAGGUGAGUUACAUUCAAUUCCUGCUGCGAGUCACAGGCACGCCUUUACAACUCGGGGCCACUUGUUUUCUGUAUGAGAAGUAGUGCUGCAGCAGGAUGCCAGGCAAGGCAGCAGACACGUUCCAACCUGGGGACUUGGUCUUCGCCAAGAUGAGGGGCUUCCCCCAUUGGCCGGCCAGGAUCGCCCGGGGCGAGAGCUCUAAGAAGAAGGUUCCAGUGUUUUUCUUUGGAACUCACCAGACAGCAUCCAUACCCACUGAAAAUAUAGUGACCUACGUAGGGAACAAGGGCAGAUAUGGGAAAGGAGUGCGCAUUAGAGGUUUCACAGAGGGCAUGUGGGAGAUAGAGAACACUCCUAGAGUAUGCAGCAAACAGAAGGUGGGUGUUACCCCAGCUAAAAAAGAGCAACCAGAGAAAAAGCCAGACCAGUCCAAGACAUCUGCACCGGUCAAAAUGUCCACCUCCCUUAAACAGGCCCCAAUAAAGGCCCCUAAAACACAAGCGAAGACUAUCAAGACAGUGUCAGUGACGGCCCCGGGAAACAGGGCGUUGCCGGGAAACAGGGGCGUUGCCGGGAAACAGGGCGUUGCCGGGAAACAGGGCGUUGCCGGGAAUCAGAAAAACAUCUGCCGACGGCCAACAGAGGACCGACACGCCGGCCAACACAAGAGCUGAGAAAAGGAAAAAGAUCGGAAUGUAUUCUACCCAGGACGAGCCUGUCCAAGGGCAGAAGACAGCCCCGGCCAGUUCGGCUGUAAUCCCACCAGCCAGCAAGACGACGAGAUUGGCGGAGGAGAAAAGCUCGUCCACUCCAAAGAGCGAGAAGACCACAGAAGAGAGAAAGACACAGGAGGAGAGAAGAGGGAGGAAGAGGAAAAAGGAUGAUGAGGGAGAGAAGAUAACGGAGGAGAGAAGAGGGAGGAAGAGGAAAAAGGAUGAUGAGGGAGAGAAGAUAAAGGAAGUUGGUGUUGAAGAGGGAAAGAUUGAAGUCAGUAAGAUGAGGAAGACGAGGAAGGUGGAAAGUUUAGAAACAGACAAACAAGUAAUCCACAAGGAAGAGGUUAAGAAGGGGGACGAAGAGGAGGAGGAGGCUGGGGUAGCAGUGAAGGGGGACGAAGAGGAGGAGGCUGGGGUAGCAGUGAAGAGGAACGAAGAGGAGGAGGCUGGGGUAGCAGUGAAGGGGAACGAAGAGGAGGAGGCUGGGGUAGCAGUGAAGGGGAACGAAGAGGGGGAGGCUGGGGUAGCAGUGAAGGGGAACGAAGAGGAGGAGGGUGGGGUAGCAGUGAAGGGGAACGAAGAGGAGGAGGCUGGGGUAGCAGUGAAGGGGAACGAAGAGGAGGAGGCUGGGGUAGCAGUGAAGGGGAACGAAGAGGAGGGUGGGGUAGCAGUGAAGGGGAACGAAGAGGAGGGUGGGGUAGCAGUGAAGGGGAACGAAGAGGAGGGUGGGGUAGCAGUGAAGGGGAACGAAGAGGAGGAGGCUGGGGUAGCAGUGAAGGGGAACGAAGAGGAGGAGGCUGGGGUAGCAGUGAAGGAGACCGAUACUGUCACAGAGAUCAGUCCUGGUCAGGAUGAAGAGCGUCGGCGGCGUCUGGCGGCCAGGAGAGAGAGUGUCCUGAAGUCUCUACAAGGACUUCUCACUAGAAGGAAGGGCCUGAGAAGACACAACCUUAAACCUACACGGACACCGAAAAAUGGAGCUGAAGAGAAGAAGAGUAGAAAGACAGGCGGGCAGAAAAGGGACAGAAAAACAGCGGGCGGCAAGACAGCGGGCGGCAAGACAGCGGGCGGCAAGGCAACGGGCGGAAAGGCAACGGACAGGAAGAAAACGGAUGAGAAGGUGGAAAGUACGAAAACGGAAGUAAAAAAAUUGGAAGGCAAAAAAACUGAAUGUAAGAAACCAGAACAAAAGAUGGAGAAAGUGGAGAGCAAGAAAUCAGCGGAGGCUAAGAAGUCCGACUCGACCCGGGCGGAAGCUAAGAAGUCCGACUCGACCCGGGCGGAGGCUAAGAAGUCCGACUCGACCCGGGCGGAGGCGAAGAAGUCCGACUCGACCCGGGCGGAGGCGAAGAAGUCCGACUCGACCCGGGCGGAGGCGAAGAAGUCCGACUCGACCCGGGCGGAGGCGAAGAAGUCCGACUCGACCCGGGCGGAGGCGAAGAAGUCCGACUCGACCCGGGCGGAGGCUAAGAAGUCCGACUCGACCCGGGCGGAGGCUAAGAAGUCCGACUCGACCCGGGCGGAGGCCAAGAAGUCCGACUCGACCCGGGCGGAGGCCAAGAAGUCCGACUCGACCCGGGCGGAGGCCAAGAAGUCCGACUCGACCCGGGCGGAGGCCAAGAAGUCCGACUCGACCCGGGCGGAGGCCAAGAAGUCCGACUCGACCCCGGGCGGAGGCCAAGAAGUCCGACUCGACCCGGGCGGAGGCAAGAAGUCCGACUCGACCCGGGCGGAGGCCAAGAAGUCCGACUCGACCCGGGCGGAGGCCAAGAAGUCCGACUCGACCCGGGGCGGAGGCCAAGAAGUCCGACUCGACCCGGGCGGAGGCCAAGAAGUCCGACUCGAGCCGGGCGGAGGCCAAGAAGUCCGACUCGAGCCGGGCGGAGGCCAAGAAGUCCGACUCGAGCCGGGCGGAGGCCAAGAAGUCCGACUCGAGCCGGGCGGAGGCCAAGAAGUCCGACUCGAGCCGGGCGGAGGCCAAGAAGUCCGACUCGAGCCGGGCGGAGGCCAAAGAAGUCCGACUCGAGCCGGGGCGGAGGCCAAGAAGUCCGACUCGAGCCGGGCGGAGGCCAAGAAGUCCGACUCGAGCCGGGCGGAGGCCAAGAAGUCCGACUCGAGCCGCGGGCGGAGGCCAAGAAGUCCGACUCGAGCCGGGCGGAGGCCAAGAAGUCCGACUCGACGCCGGCGGAGGCCAAGAAGUGCGACUCGACGCCGGCGGAGGCUACGAGUGCCGAUAGUCGGAGAAACUGGAGACAGAAAAGGUACAGAGAACGGUACAGGGAGGAGGAGCCUAAAUCACCGCAGUGAGUACAGGAAUGAAUAA